AGAUAAGGAAGGAAAGAAAUUAAUGUGGUUUUUGUUUGUUUGCUAAGAAACAAACUGAAAAUGGAAACUGCAACAACGAAAAUAACGAAAACAAAAACAAUAUUAACAUAGGCCGGUUCCUCUUCUUCUUUUGCUGCUGCUUCUCUUAUUUGUCUCAACGAUAGCAUCUUUACACCCAGAAGAAGAAGAAGAAGAUUCUGUGUGUCUUUGUUUUUCUUCAAUCUGAAUCUUUAACUGUUAUUCAUAUUAUAUUUAUUAUAAUAUUAUUAUAUUUGUUAAAGAGCUCAAAAGCACAGCUAAGAGAGAGACAAAGAUAGAGACUUUAGAGAAGGAAAAAAAUCAUUUCGUUUUCAUCCUUCUGAAUCUCUUCUAUGGAGCAGCUUGUCAACUUUAUUAUUCGGCCACCCAGAGCUGAAUACCAUCCAGACCAUGAUUUGUUGGAUCAAGAGUUCAUGCUGAGAGGGAAGUGGUACCAAAGAAAGGACGUAGAGGUUAAAAAUGGUCGAGGGGAGGUUCUACAAUGUAGUCACUACGUGCCAAUUGUUAGUCCAGAAGAAAAGCCUCUACCCUGCGUUAUUUACUGUCAUGGAAACAGUGGUUGCAGGGCUGAUGCUAGUGAAGCUGCAAUAAUAUUGCUGCCUUCAAAUAUUACUGUUUUCACCCUUGAUUUCUCAGGAUCUGGACUUUCUGGAGGCGAGCAUGUCACUUUAGGGUGGAAUGAAAAGGAUGAUCUGAAAGUCGUGGUAGAUUAUUUGCGGGCAGAUGGAAACGUCUCCUUAAUUGGCUUAUGGGGUCGUUCAAUGGGUGCUGUCACUAGCCUGUUAUAUGGGGCAGAGGAUCCUUCUAUUGCAGGAAUGGUUCUCGACAGUCCUUUCUCUGAUUUGGUUGACCUGAUGAUGGAACUUGUGGAUACCUAUAAGAUUCGGUUACCGAAAUUCACUGUAAAGUUUGCAAUCCAAUUCAUGCGAAAAGCUAUCCAGAAAAAAGCAAAGUUUGACAUAACAGACCUGAAUACUAUUAAGGUGGCAAAGUCUUCCUUUGUUCCGGCUUUAUUUGGGCAUGCAGUUGAAGAUGAUUUUAUACAACCUCAUCACUCAGAUCGUAUAUUUGAGGUUUAUGCAGGAGACAAGAAUAUUAUCAAAUUUGAGGGAGAUCACAACUCACCACGCCCACAAUUUUACUUUGAUUCUAUAAAUAUUUUUUUCCAUAAUGUCUUGCAACCACCAGAGGAUGAGGUGGGGACAACACUUUUUGGUGCAACGAAUGAUUACAUCGGUAAGGGUAGUUGGAACACCAAGCAAGAGCUAGAUUUUUAUCCAGGAACUUCAGCUUCAUCUAGAGUUCUGGGACCAGUGACUGGAAGCACAGUAGAUGCCAUCAAACAAGUUCGAUCUAGAAGACCAAUGAGCCGGACCGAGGUCCCUUCUGAUAUAUCAGCCAAAGAUAACCAUGCAGAAGCUGAAGACGAAGUAACUAAUGAUAAUCAUUGCCCAUCAUCAUCAUCCAACAUGAUUAGCUUCGAAUUGUCCAAUGGUCAUCCAUAUGGCCCUCAUGUCCCAACAACAAUGGAUGAUGAUCAGUAUGUGGAAUAUCAACUUGAAGACUUGACAGGUUUCCCAAGCAACGUAGAGGAGGAAGAAAGGAUGUUCAUGGAAGCAGUGAUUAUGUCAUUAAAGGACUUGGAGAUGCGACAUCCCCAAGCAGGAGAACAGCCAACCUCUGCAACCACUGAUUCCUUUGAGUCUGUACAAAAAGAUGAACUAAAUGAUUGCUCCACUGCAGAAGAUUCUAAAUCUUCUGUCGCUACUACUUUUGUUUCAGUAGAUGAUUUGAAGCCUGUAAAGACAGAAUCCACUUCUACUACUGUCGCUACUGCUUUUGUUUCAGUAGAUGAUUUGAAGCCUGUAAAGACAGAAUCCACUUCUACUACAGUACCUUGCCAUGAUUCAGCUCCCCAACACCCAUCUCCGGAUACAAGCUUCUCAUCAGGUGGGCUUGUAUUUGAUACUCCUCCUUCUGCCAUUGAAACACCAAGCACCGUAACAUCUGCUCGUAGUGAUACUACUCCGACAAGUGUGGCCUCUGAUGCUGAUGUGUCAAGUAAUACAAAAGCCACGUUGACAGUGGUAAGAAACCCAGCAGGGCACAUAAUGGAAGGUUUGAUGCGUCGUUGGGAUCUCAACUUUUUUCGAAACAGUCGGUAGAAAUUAAUAUGAUAUUUAGUAAAUUGAGUCUGAUGAUGUAUUGUUUUGUAACUAAGAUAGUUUCAGAGAUUGUAGUGAUGUAAAAUGAUUGAUCAAAAAGAAAAAAUUAGGUUCUGUGAAUGUGUUUGAAUACUUAAUUACAGUGGUUUUUUGUUUUCACACUUGAAAAAGGGAUGUAAUGAUUCUUUUGACACCCUCAUUGAGGGCAACAGUCUUUCAGUGCCAUUGUAACUUUGAUUUUAUUUUA